UAAUAGAACUGGCAUUGCCAAUGCGCACUUUGCCAGCGCCACGGCGUAAAUAGUGGAUCGACCACUACAGACAAGAGAGACCCGGCGGAGACCCGGUUGAGAGUGCGAUUCAGUUCAGUUGUUAAGAGUCAGCGGUCAGGAUGAGUGUGUUGCUGAAGCGACGGUCGCGCAGCGAAACGCGUCCAAUGCAAAUCAAACAGGAGUUGCCCACAAAGAAGCAGCAGGAGCAGAAGUCGCACAAAGAGCACAGCAAGGAACAGCAGCAGCUGGCAACCAGCAUGGACAACAAUGGCAGCGGCUUACAAACUCUGCAGCGCCAGAGCCUGGGCAUGGGCAGACGCAAAACCUCGGCCGAGCUGAUUAGCGAGGCAAAACUCUAUCUGGGGGAUCUGACAACGGCAACGGCAGCGGCAACCGCAUCUAUGACAGCGGCAGGCGGUGCUCGCCUGGUCAGCACACGUCGUCCCAUAACGCCACGUGAGCCUGGACGCGUGCUCUAUGGCAAGGUGUCUUUGGCAGGUCGUCCGCCCAGCGCCUUCUCCAUGCGCUAUCUGCAGAUUGAGAAUCACAAGUCGCUGACGCCAUCGACACCCGUGGGAAAUGCUGAGCUGCUUGUGAAUCGUCGUGCUCUGGAUGGGAAGUUGGCUCCGCCGCGUCAAUUGCCAUCGUUACAAGCAACAAAAGCAGCAGGUGGAGCUGGCGCUGGAGUGGGAGUGGGCACAACGCCACCCACACGAAAUGGGGCACUGCUUGGCCAGUGCAGCUCGGAGACGCUCAUCGAGAUGCUGAAGCAGCAUGCGGGUCUCAAGGAUUGCAGUGCCGAGACCGUUCAGCACAUCAAUGCUAUCCUUCUCGAGCUAUAUACGCGUGUGCGCAAACAGGAGCGUAACUUUAAGCGCGCCUUCAUCCUGGGCGGUCUUUAUGGCCUGGUCGAGUGCACGUCGCCGCGUGUCCUUUUGGCUGUAGCACGUGUCGUCCUUGCGCUUCGCGUGACAGGCAGCAAUUUGACCGGCGCCUGCAAGCUAAUCUUCAAGGUUGCUCGCCACGAGCAGCACGACGGACUCUUCCAUGAGAACGAUGUACUCGAACUACUGAUCGAUGGCCUGGGUCGUGCCUCACCGCUGGACGAUCCGGAGGCAUGCAUUUAUGCGUAUGGCUGCAUUCGAUUCCUCACUGCCAGCAGCGCCCAGGAACGCGAUGAUGCACUCAAUCGCAAUUGGGCCGUCGGCUUUGAGGAGCCACUGACGCCGCCGGCAGCAAGCACAACGAUCACAGCAGCAACAGCUGUUGCACCAGCAACAACACCCACAACAACGAAGCUGAAUGGCCAACAGACGCUUGUGGCGCGUCUGGCACGUCACGGCGCCGUCGAACUGAUGAUCCUCCAUUUGCAAAUGCUAAACGAGGCGGGCGCCACAAGACGCCUCAUCGGUCCGCCACUGCACACACUCUAUCAGCUGUCGGCGGCGUUGCGCGCCUUGGCCGAUGUAGCCCAGCAGCAGCAGCAGCAGCAACAAUUGCAACUGCAACUGCAGCUCGCCUGUCCGCAUCUGAUACGCGCCGCCGAGAUCGCCAUGGGUGAACUGGAGGUGCAGGCCAAUGUGGUGCGCACCCUGAGUGUGCUGUCCGAGGAUCCGGAAUGCUGCGAAUCCUUGUUGAACUAUGCGGCACGCAUUGGUCUGCUCCUAGGCCCUUACUCCAACGGUGGCCCCUGCAGCGAACGUCUGCUGGCCGUGCUCAGCCGCCUGGGCUAUAUGCUCGGCAACAUUCUCGCCAAGCACGAGUCGGCACGUGUCCAGUACUAUCACAACGAUGUGGCCAUGGAGUAUCUGCUGAAUGUGCUGCAGCAGCUAAGCGAACGUCAAACGGCCAGCGAACCGGCGCUGCUGGAUGCCCAAAUCAAGCUGAUCCGUGUCGUGGCCAAUAUGAGUGUCAAUGCCGAGGUGGGCGCUGCUCUGGGCAAUGUGCAUGCUCUGGGCGCUGUCCUGUUGCGCCUGCUACAGAGUGCAGUGAGGGCGCUGGACACUGUGCAAGAGAGCGCACAGCCUGCUGCUGCUGAGCGGCUGGAAUUGUUGCAUGCAACGCUGGGCGCUUUGCACAAUUUGUGCUUUUACCAGGACAAUCAAGCGACAGUAGCAUCAUCACCAUCAUCACUAAUACCAUCGCCAGCACCAGCCGCUGGAUCGCUGCAGAGUUCGAUUGCCGAGCUGACGACGGCGUUGGCCAGCGCAUUGGAGCAGUGUGCGGCGACGUCUGUGUCCACCAAGGUGGAGCUGGCCCGUGUCCUUGGCAAUCUGACGCGCAACGAGGUGGCACGUCGGUGCUUCUGCGCUGCCGGCGGAUUGCCGCUGAUGGUGCAACAACUGACGCGGCAGGCGAGCGGACAGGACUAUGAGCUGCGCACCUGCGCCAUCGGUGUGCUGGUCAAUCUGCUGGGCGAUGGUGAGCAGAGGGCACCGUUUCUCCAGCUACGCGGCGCUGAGCUGCUGGCGCUGCUGUUGCGCGGCGCACUGGAGCAGGAGGAUUGGUUUCUGGCCAACAUCGUGUGUCAGGCGUUGUGGAAUCUUCUAAUUGAUACACACUGCGCCACGGCACUUGGUCGCACCGGCAGCAUUCUGGACGAGAUCAGUGAUCUGCUUGCCGAUUAUUUAGACGAAGAGCGUUUGCCCACCGGCGAUGACACGGAGACAGAGGCGGAUGCGGAUGCGGAGACGGAAAAGGAGAGUCCACAGCAAGAGCCGAAUGAGGAAUCGGAGGCUGAUGGGGCCCAAGAUGCCUUGUGGGAGGACUUUGCGCUGGUUGCCACCGAUCUAUUGGAGCGCAUACAAAACAAUUUCGAGAAACAGCAGCAGCAGCAGCCGCAACAAGGGACACAAUUCGAUAACGGAGAUGACAACGAUAACGACGAUGUAUUUAUCGAGAAAUUGUAGAACAUUCAUAUAUCCUAACGAAUACAUAAAUAUA